AUGGAAGGGCGCAGAAGAACCUGCAGCACCUUCAAGAACGUCAGAAACACAGGUUCAGCCUUCAACAUGAUGCUUAAAGCUCAGGUCCAGGCAGAUGGGACAGACGGAAACUGCGUCACGUUCGUGUUGCACGAUGAGGACCACACACUCGGCAACUCCCUCCGAUACAUGGUCAUGAAGAACCCUGAUGUGGAGUUCUGUGGAUACUGCAUCACGCACCCCUCUGAAAGCAAGAUCAACUUCCGCAUCCAGACCAGAGGGGCCCUUCCUGCUGUGGAGCCGUUCCGGAAAGGGCUGACCGACCUGAUGGGUGUUUGCCAACAUGUGCUCAACACCUUUGAGAGGAGCAUGAAGGAGUACAGAGCCCAGAGGGAGGAGGAGAUGCAGUAG